CACCAUAAAAUGCCUAUCCAGGUGCCAUGUCAGCACUAUCCAGAUGGGUUGUCAGCACUAUCCAGAUGGGUUGAGAACCAAGGAAUGAGUGGCUAUAGGCCUCACUUCUUCCAAGGAGAAACCAAACCGAAACAAAUCAAACCAAUUCAAUCCACCACCAAGAAAAAACAACAACAAUAAAGGGAUCAGAAAAGAGGAAAACAUUAGCUAGCUUGUUAUAGCUAGGACACACAAUAAGCACAACCAACCAUUUUCUCAUCCAUUGCUCACUGGGGAAGAGAAGUAACAGCGAGCCAGCUAGCUUCAGGAACUAGGCCAAUUAAGUAAGGGAAGGGGGUAGAGGUUGAGAAGUACUUGUUUGUCAUGGCCUCAACCGCAUCUGCCCGGCCACUUUCCUCCUCCACCGCCGUGGUUGACACCAAAGCUUCUCCUCCCCAUCGCCAAUCGGCCGUCCCAUCUUCGCAAUGCGUGACCCUCUCCCCCACCCUCCCUCCCCCUCCUGUCCACUCUCAGACCCGCGCCCCCAAGACCACCGCUUAUUAUUGUAGAAAGAUAGCCCGCAAUGUGGCUGCCAUGGCGACUGGAGAGGCACCCGCGGAAGUUGCUGGGACAGAGCUGCCAGAUAUUGUCAAGACAGCCCAAGAAGCUUGGGAUAAAGUUGAAGAUAAGUAUGCAGUGUCCUCUCUGGCUGCAGCUGGCGUUUUGGCGCUUUGGGGCUCGACUGGAAUGCUCUUGGCAAUCGACAGGCUUCCUCUAGUUCCCGGUCUUCUUGAGCUUGUUGGAAUUGGAUACACUGGAUGGUUUGUAUAUCAAAAUCUGAUCUUUAAGCCCGAGAGGGAAGCUUUGAUACAAAAAAUUAAGGAUACGUACAAAGACAUAAUCGGGAGCAGCUGAAAGGCCAACAAUUGCAGGGAAUGUUGUUGAGAUGAGAUGAACAUUCAGAUGCUGAAGCAUGCCUGUUAGAGCAUUAAUAAUGGAUCUUCUUCUUCUUCUUCUUCUUCUUCUUCUUCUUCGAAUUAUCCUCUAGCAACACUGAACCCCUACUCUCUACUAUUUGUUGAACAUAUAUAUAUAUAUUGCUUUGUAUAAUAUAUACUAUUUCCCCCUUGGUUACAGUCAUCUACUAUAUAUUAAUUUACCAUGCUAAUUAUCCAA